UAUUGAGUAAAGAGGCGACAAAAUCAACAGAGUGAGAAGAAGGAUAUUUAAAGGAUGCUGAGGACCGUCGAUUCCAGAAGACGCAGGAAUCUGAGCAAGGUGAGUGAAGACGCUCUGUCCACGAUUGCCUUUCGUCUUCAGCAUUCGGUCAGUUCUCCAUUCGCUUUACUUAAGAAAGGAAAAGGUUCCGUCUUUCUGUGUUAGUAGCUUGUGACACUAUAUGACAUACCGUAUGACAUUCGUGCUCGAAGUGCUUAGUGAGACGUUCCGAAACCUGCAACUUUUUUUUUUUUUUUCUUUUUACAGAAGUCCUUUUCUUUUAAGUUGAUAUCUAGGCGAUUAAAAUGAUGCUUUAGCAAAAAAUAGUCUUUGGAAAGGAGAUGCUUAUGUUUACUCAUCCCAUUUCUGAAACGAAACUUUUUCCAUCAAUCGAGUAUUAUACCUUUUCUCUUGGGGGAAUUUUGACAGAUUGUCAGUCACCUUCAGGAUCUAUGUCUGCGCUGCAAAUGUUGCUGUUGUUGACCAUCACGUGGCUGGCCGUCCACGCCUUCGCCCAGGAAGAAUAUAUACCGGAUUAUUGCCUCCCUCUCCCGGGCGCCAUGGCCGGCGAGGACUCGGUUAAUGCCACUCUGGCAGCUGAGCUGAAUAACAUGACGAGGCGAUGCUGCCAAGAACAAGUAGGAGAGUGCCGGGCCGCUGGGGGCGUCUGCAUUCCCUCCCACGCCAACGCCUUCUGCCGCAUGACCGUCGACUGCCUCUGUCCCUCUGGCUCCUGUACCUGCUGCUUCUUCCAGCUGCCGUGCAAAGGCAUCUGUGGCUUUAACGAAGAUUUUGGGAUAUGCCGAACUAAGUGCAGGCCAAACGAGCGCCCGAUACCUGGCAAUUGCCCCUGUGGCGAUACUUCCGCUGUUGUCUCCUAA